GGGAGGCUAUCAGUUCAACCUUGACAAUCUUUGUCAUUAUCAAAUUACAAUCAGAUAAUGGCAUGGGACCGAUUACGUCACUUUCCAUUUGUAACGCUGUGGCCGACAGACGGCAAGAAAUAAUCUUGCAACCCAACAAGCCGUGACAAGUUUCAACAUGCUGUCAAGCGAAAAAGGCUUUCUAAAUAAAUAUUCACACACACAUUUAUGUGAGUUGAAGUCGAUGUUAACUUCAAUCCGAGAAAUAACAGUACGAAUCAUGGAAAAUCAAGAAAAAAGUUGACAAUACAGAUGCAACAAUGACCUUACAAAGGAAUUUUCAUUGGCACAUGCUAGAAUGUAAACGCAAAAUACCAACAAAAAACAUGCACAAUAACCAAAUAUUUUAGCAGCUCUUUAAAUUAACCAAUUUGCACACCAGUCUCUCGCGGAGUUAAUCUACAGGUAGGCCUCUAAUAAAGUUAGCCCAACGGAACUAACAGAUCUGCAUUUAUGGUCUUGAGAAUGAGUCGGACCCAGUUUAACGACGGACAGAGCCACUUCCGUCUAACAUAUCAACACCGGAGUAACGUGUUGUCAUCAACCACGCUUGGGACUGUUGAAAUGCCGAAAGCACAGAAGAAGGGCAAGGCUCCUGAAAAAGUUGUCCAUCCGUUCAGUAGGAAAGCUGCAUAUCUUGCAAGAGAAGAGAUACGCCUGGAUAAAAAAGAGAGACAAAAACACGAGAAAGCAGGGCGGCUGAACAGUAUUGGGGAAAAACUGUUAUGGUUCCAGGGACAGUUGGAGGCUGACAAGGCGACGUUCUCAAAAACAGAUGCUUGUGACAUUAUUGAAAGUUACCUGCACAGAUUUGACUCUGAGCUGGAACAGAUAGAGCUGGUGAAUGGAAUAAAAGGUCGCCAGGGUAGACUCCAUGGAGCCAGAGAAACAACCAUCAAACAGACAGUAGAGCGUGAGCGGGCAAUGUACGAGAGCAAUGGAUUCGAGAUCCCAGAUAUCAUCAAUGCAAAGAAUUUGAAGACAUUCAGAGCGUGGACCGGGGACCUGAAAAAGCUUCCUAACAUCAAGCUGCGACAGGUUUCUAGUAAAGACAAAUUGAAGGAAGAUGAGAAGGCUGAAGAUGGAGAGGAAGACGACGCACACUGCCAGGAGGAUGAGGACGCUGCUACUAUGUCAGACUCAGACUGAGCUCUGUGGCAAAAACAGGACAAGCAGCCCUUUGAACCUGCCUUUUUACCGUGGUAUCGUAAUGCACCAAGUGGUGUACUAGUCGGCUUUUAAGGACUUCGGGUCGACACUAUUCUGCCACCUUUCCAAUGUUCUCCAGCAGAUGGCGCCCAAGAAUCAUCCCAACAUGUGAGCAGAUAGAGCCGUCUCCCUUUCGGCCAUUUCGCUUAUUAACUUCACUCAGCCAUAAAACAGAAUCUAUUAUUGUUUAUUGCAGAUGUUUGCAUAAAUAAUAUUUUCAUACCCAAUUAGAAAUAGAAAAUACAUUUCUUUGACACAGAAA